GCGCACGUGCAGGGAAGUGGAGAUUAGCUUAAAAAAUAACGUUUUUUGUUAAUUUAAGACUAAAUGCUUAUUGUACGGCAAAAAUAUAAACAUAUUAAAGCAUGAAGACUAAAUUAUUUAUAUUUUUAAAGUGAAAUAACAUUUGUUAGAGACAGGCUUGCUAUUGAAGCUAGUGAAGGCGGUGAUGGGUUUGUUGUGUGUGCUGCUGGGCGGCUCGUCCGGUCGUUUAUUUACACUUUCUUGGGGACAAAUCGCUCAGUUUGCUGUUUAUAGACACAAAAUACGGAUGAUUGGGUUUGCUCAACGAUUCUGCGCAUCGGAAACUUCAUCAGGGGAAUAUUUCACUCCCAGCACGGAGAAAUACAGAGACUUACAAGGUUUUUUUGUCAAAAGACUGAAGGAAACGUACCACCGAUUUUCCAACAUACCAGAUUUUUCAGUGAUCUGUGGACACAAUUAUGACUAUUUCACCCAGAAUGAUGGCAUCCACAGAAUACUAAAGAAAGGCCGUAAGCCCGUUUCAGAGCGACUUCUGGAUAUAGAGGAAACGUUAGGAGAAGAUGAGACGCAAAGGCGGCGGUUUCAGUGGACGGUGCAGAGGAUGCGUCUGUCCCCACGGGAAAAGCAUCUUGCAGCAUCACUGACAUGCAGCCGAGGGAAUAAUAUGAGGUUUGUAGUUGUGAGACUUGAAGGAAGGAAUCCUCCGAGUACCCAGCAUGUCGUAGCCACUCUAGAAAGAGUUUUCAGUUUUGAGUGGGCCACAGACGACGUCCUGUUUUACACGACCUUAGAAGGCCUGCGUUCCAGAGCCGUGUUCCGUUUGGACGUGACGUCCAGCAGAAACAGGAUAACCUGUGUGUACGAGGAAGCCGACCCCGAUAUGUUUGUUGAAGUUGCUCUGUCGAGAGACCGCCAAAUCCUGAGCAUAAACUGCAGCAGCAGCAGCAAGUCGGAGGUGCUUCUAUGUGACGUGAAAAAUUCCCGGUUAGAGCCUGUAGUUGUUCAACCUCGCCAGCGGGACCUGCUGUUCUUCCUGGAGCACUGGAAAAGACGGCUCAUCAUACUGGCUAACACCGGACCGGGACAAGAAUAUCAGGUGUUGCAGGCUCCUGUGUCGGAGCCCUCCAUGCCCUCCUGGGUGCCUCUAUUCGUCCCCGACCCGGGUACUGUCAUCAAAGACAUGGAAGUGAUUGGAGACCACUGUGUGCUGAUUGCAGCAGCACCAACCAAUGAGCUCAUUCUGAUUGUGGUCCCACUGACUCAUCCUAAAGAAGCUUAUGUCGUACAGCUCCCCUCCUGGGUUUGUUCCAUUGAAACUAAGAAAGCUGGCUUGGCGUACGAACAACAAAACGUUUUGGAGUUCCUCAUUUCAUCUCCGGUUCAUCCUCCAGUGUCCUACCGUCUGCAUCCUGACAAAAAGCUUCUUCUGUCUGGCAGGGAUGACUCCAGAACAAAGAAACAAGACAAAUAUUUCACCACUCGUCUGGAGGCCUGCAGCCGAGAUGGCACAUUGGUACCAGUGACACUGCUUCAUACUGUACCAGUAAAGAGUUUAAGAAACGCUCCGUUGCUGGUUCAUGUCUACGGAGCUUACGGUCGAGAUCUGAACAUGGACUUCUGUCCAGAAAAAAGGCUGCUUUUGGAUCACGGCUGGGCUUUGGCCUACUGCCACAUCAGAGGUGGAGGUGAGCGUGGCCUCUCCUGGCAUAGACAGGCGUGCGUGGAGGGGAAGCUGAAGGCGGUGGAGGAUCUCCACGCCUGUCUGCAUCACCUGUUCUCCUCGGGGGUCUCUGCUCCUUCACUUACAGCCCUCACAGCCCACAGUGCUGGAGCCGUGCCGGUGGGAGCGCUGUGCAACAGAGACCCACACAUGGUGCAGGCUGUCCUGCUGCAGGCUCCUUUUCUGGACGUUUUAGGUUCUAUGGAGAAUCUUGAAUUGUCUCUGACAUUAGAUGAUAGAGAUGAAUGGGGGGACGCAGUGAGACACAGACAAGUCCUCGCUUCCUAUUGUCCUCUUAAUAAUAUUAUUACUCAGCGUUACCCAUCCAUGCUGCUAACAGCUUACAGUGGAGAUCCCAGGAUUCCUCUUGCUGGUGUCCUCAAAUACACACAUCUCUUGAAGAAAGCCGUACACACACACAUGAGCAGCAAACCAAAGCCAGAACGUGAACCUGCACCAAACAUCGUUUUAAAUAUCCAACCAGGAGCAAAUCACCUCGGACCAGAAGAUUACGAGCAGAUGCUGACGGAGGAAGCGCUCAAGCUUGCGUUUCUGUACACAGAAUUAGGCUUGGAUCGACCACACAAAAGGAAGAGAUGACGCCGGCUGUAAAAUCCAUCAUUUCAACCAAAAGAAAACACGAUUCAUCAGAAAAUAAAUCUGAUAAAAUAAAGAUGACAUCAGCAGGAAA